GCCCCCAACCGGAAGAGACUGGGUAAAGAAUGUCAACAAGGAAGACGCUGGGAAAUCAAACGUGUUCGAAAUUUUGAGGUGACCAAAAACUACAGAACAAAUGGAAAAGGUGAUAAAUUGCUUCAGGAAGAACCCAGAUGCAACCACGAGACUACUGUGCUUCCCGUGGGCUGGCGGUGGUUCCAUUCACUACGCGCGCUGGGGAAAUCUCCUGCCCGGCUCAAUCGAAGUUUAUGCUGUGAAACUUGCUGGAAGAGAGGCUCGUGGGAAAGAGCCUUUCCCCAAGAGCAUGCAGCAGAUCGUGGAUGAGGUCGUCACUGCGGUGCUGCCGCAGCUGAAGGAGAAGCCCUUUGCGCUGUUUGGGCACAGCUUUGGAGCCAUGACUAGCUACGCCACAGCUGAGUACCUGAAAAGAGAGCAUAACCUGGAGCCGGUGCACGUCUUCCUGUCCGGUGCCUCGGCCCCUUAUUCUGAGACUCGGAAGAAUUCCCCAAAGAGGAGUGCACUGUCGGAUGAAGAGUUUCUUCACUGGCUCAGCACUAUUGGGGGAACUCCUCCAGAAAUACUGGCCAACCCAGAAAUCCUCAAGCUCUUCCUGCCUGUGCUGAAGGCUGACCUCCACGUGGUGGAACACUACCAGUGCACCACGCCAGAAAGCCCAUUCCUGUCCUGUGAUGUGACGUGUUUCGACGGAAAGGAAGACAUUCCCCACGAUUUACAAGCGUGGAGAGACAUAACAAGUGGGGAAUUCACUGUGAAAAUGCUUCCGGGAUCUCACUUCUACUUAAAAGACUCGUCGAAUGAGAAGGUCAUACUGGAUCUAAUCACGAAGCAUCUAGAGACAGCUGAGAUUGAUUAUUUGUAGUCAGGUCCGCAACUAUGAAUUCUCAGGCCCGGGACAUACAGUGUAUAUUACAAUGGGCUGCAGAAUUAUUAUUAAAAAUGAAGAAAAAAGGCUGCAUACAAUAAACAACACCAUAUAGUAAGUUAUGUUCAAACAUACAGGAAAGCUAUACUUUUAUUUCAAUACAUUAUCUCUCAAGUUUCAAUGUUUUUUAUUCAGUGAUCAAAGUGUCAAAAUUAUUGGCACCCCUAACAAUUAUUGUAAAUAAAAUUGUCAAUAUCA